ACUGAAGCAAAGGCAUCAUUAGCAGCACAACAAGGAAUCCAGUGGAAACACAGGAUGACUGAUGCUUACUUGUUCUGAAACAGUCAGGAAGGAAGAGACUCACUCAUUUUUUCUUGCCAAUGCAGCGGGAAACCUUUGACAGAGCAAGGAUGAGUUAGCAACCCAUGACUGCACUGCUGGAAGCGGGAGCUUGUUCUAGUGAAUCAGCAUCAAUUACACAACAACAUUAUCUUCAGCAAAGUACUGCUGGAGGAACCUGCCUGGAUCUCAGCAGAACCUCAGUACAUCCUGUUGAUCAUGCGGCAGACCAAACAGCUCGGCUUCAUGCUGACUGUGCUUGGAUACCUAAUACCAGUCAUUUGGGGUUUUCCAUUUGGACCGGUUCUUGAUGUGGAUGUCACCCCCAGGACAACUGUACAUGUUAAAGGGCUGCUGGGUUGUAAUCAUUUCCGUGGAGCUGCAGUGAACUACAGUUCUCUGUUACUGGAGGACGGACCAGGGUUGUUGUAUGUUGGGGCCAGAGAGGCCAUUUACAAACUGGACACCUCUAACAUCUCUGACACCAGUAUCUCUGUUUCUCUUGAAUGGGCAGCAUCUGCAGAACAGAAGAGGCAGUGCCUGAGCAAAGGAAAGAACAAUCAGACUGAAUGCUACAAUCAUGUCCGUUUCCUGGACAGAUACAAUGACACUCACCUGUACACCUGCGGGACGCAUGCCUUCAGACCACGCUGUGCUUACAUAGAUGUGGCACGCUUUACCUUUGUGCGUUUUGAGGAGGGAAAGGAGAAAUGUCCUUAUGACCCUACAAAGGGCUACACUGGUUUCAUAACAGAUGGUGAGAUGUACUCUGCCUCCCAAUAUGAGUUUCGUAACAUCCCUGAUAUACGACGCAACUUUCCCUUCCCCAACUUGCGGACAGACGAUUCCCCAACAAGUUGGCUGCUGGAGUCAGAUUUUGUCGGCUCAGCGUUACUCCGAGAGAGCACCAACAGCUCAAUCGGGGAUGAUGAUAAACUCUACUUCUUCUUCACGGAGAGGAACAUAGAACCGACAGCUUACUCCAGCCAGACCAAAGUGGCCAGGGUGGCCCGUGUGUGUAAGGGGGACAUUGGAGGGCAGAGGUCUCUUCAGAGGAAGUGGACGUCCUUUCUCAAGGCCAGACUGGUGUGCGCCAUUCCUGAUUAUGAGCUUUAUUUCAACGUGCUCCGCAGCGUUUUUGUCGUCGAGGGAAGCAGCGUACACGACAGUGUCUUGUAUGGUGUUUUUGGACUCGAGUGGAGAAAUGUUAAGAUGUCUGCAGUGUGUCACUAUUCACUCAAAGAUGUCCAGACAGCUUUUGACGGGCCGUACAUGGAACUACAGGACACCAAAUGGAGGGAAUACACUGGGAAAGUUCCAGAACCGAGGCCUGGCUCGUGUAUAACCGAUCAGCAUCGGGCCCUGCUCAUAAAUUCCUCCCGGGAUCUUCCUGACAACGUACUGAAUUUCACUCAGAGACAUGCUUUAAUGUCCAGACAGAUCCAGCCUGUGGGAGGACGUCCCGUGUUGCUCCAUAGGGGGGCAGACUACACUAAGAUCGCUGUAAAACAGGUUGUGGGCUUGGAUGGACGUGUCUAUGACAUGCUCUUCAUUGGAACAGAUGAGGGCUGGUUACACAGGGCUGUGAAGAUCAGAGACCGUGUUCACAUCAUCGAGGAGCUUCAGCUUUUUGAGGAGAAACAACCAAUAAAUAACAUGGUGAUAUCACAAAAACAGAAGAGCAUCUAUGUGAGCGCCGCCUCUGGAGUGGUGCAGGUACCCCUGUCAUCCUGUGAGCGCUACACCUCCUGUCAUGACUGUGUGUUUGCACGAGAUCCAUUCUGUGGCUGGGAUGGUAGAGCGUGUGCUGAAAUAGCGGCUUAUGCUAACAGGUCCGGUCUCAUCCAGGACGUCCAGAUGGGAAGCAGAGGCUGUACUAACAUUACAAGUGAUGGUUUCGUCAUGCACCGGACUCGUGCAGUGAUGGCAGGAGAUGAUGUUCUGUUACAGUGUGAGAUCCGUUCUAACCUGGCCACCCCUCGCUGGACGCUGAACGGUCGGGAGCUGCUAGGUUACGGCGUAGACUUCGGCUACCGCACUGGCACUGACGGCCUCCUCAUCAUUGGCGCUCAAAACCAGCAAAGUGGACACUACCGCUGUUACGCAGUAGAGAACGGCGUCUGGAUUCCUGUUCGCAGCUAUAUGGUACAAGUCCAACCCGUUCUGCCCCCUGCAUCGCAUCUCUCAGGAAGCCCGACGGCUUUACCUGAAAACUUCUUUACCACCACAACUGCGCCAACUCUGAGUCCUUCCAGUGUUCCUGCGGAGCAGCUUCUGUCGCCUCCACCGGCUCUGUUGCCUUCGAGACCGGAGUUACAGACCUACAGACACAUGGAGGCCAUGUAUAUCUCUCUGGUGGCUGUUCUCGGCGGGCUUUGCCUGGUUCUUACAGUGGUCCUCCUGUAUGUUAGCUUCUGUGGUGCACACAACUCUCCCAGUUCCAGAAAGUACUCCCAGCAAGCACUGUCCAUAACCACAGCAACCGAAAGAAAAAGGAGCUCGCACUUUGAGCUCAAAACCAUCUCCAGCCACUGCAAUGGCAGAGCGGAGGGCCGUAGCAGAGCGUUGUCGAUGGACGGAGAGUUUCUGCAGAUGAUUCCAGCGGACAUCCAGACCACACCUAGUAAGGAACCUCCGCCCGCGCCACCACUUCCUAUGCCGCCGCCCCUGCCCGAAUCAGAGUACGCCAACGGACUGUCAGCCACGCUGCCUAGCGUGCUGAGAAAGAUGAACGGGAAUAGCUACGUACUCCUGGGGCAGACGGACUCGGAAAUGACGUCUCCGCUUUACCACUCUUUCACCGAGGAGCUCAACAGGAUUCUAGAAAAGAGGAAACACACACAGUUGGACAUCCAACCAGAUGAGAGCUCAGUGUAGCAUGAUCUCGCACAACUGCUAUAUCGCCCCCUUGUGGUGUGGAGGCUUACAUUUUGUACAAGAGCCAAGAGAACUGUGUGUUGUGAAGUUCUUUGUGAUCUCGAUGUUCAACUUAAACUUGUUUGGUUUGGCGCCAUUGAGAAUCGUCUUGUGAAAAUAUAUUUGUGAACAUAUUGGUCGACUUUAUGUCAGAUGUAGCUAAAGACACCUAGACUGUGGACCUCGGAGUGUAUAAAUCACAAGAUGGAUUCAAUUGAGAACGUCCGAGACUGAAUUUGGUUAUGUUGUUUUGUUUUAAAGGAGAAGUAAGAGACUUGAGAACACUGUCCAAAGACUUUCUCAGCAAAGCAAUGCAUAUUUGUACAUAAUUAAUGUGGAAUUAUUGUGCAAAUGCAGACGUUUACAGAUUUUUUUGUUUUUGCCUAAUUGCACCUGAUGUAAAUAACAAUCAUUUUAUUAUCAAAGUAUAAUAAGUCGGAACUGCUUUGCUCGAUUAAUAAUCAUUCAGAAAGAGUUUGGUUUUCAAGCCUUUUGGCAACAUUUCAUGAGUGUUCUUGAGCAUUGGACUUUUUAACAACGCAAUUUCACACUAGAUUGCAGUCAGAUUGUAGGAGCAGUGAGUGUUAGCACAUGAAUCGUUGACAUCUACAGAUACAGAGGCGGUCAUUUUCAGAGCCACUCGGCUGUAGAAUUCAACGCCUCCUUCAGGGAUGAGUUGGGUUUCUCUUUGGCAGUGCGUCAGAAAGAGUGAAUAGAUCUCAAAAAUGGAAGAAACGCUCUCUCUGAUACACAAUUUCCCUGUCAAAUGCUGUCCAGCUUUGACAGAAUAUCCUUUUUAUAUUUAAAUGAAGGAAGAGAUGCUCACAAAGGGAAGUAAAAUCCCAAAAACUUUAGAAGUUUGUUGAGUUUGCAUUUAGUUAUUUUGAAUGCAUGACAACAGGUGACCAUUUCAAACUCCAGAAAUAAAUGUAUUUAUA